AUGGCCAAAGUCAAGGUAGCCGGUCUACAUUCAGCCCAUAGACUAAGCAUUAAUGAACUAGUUAAAAAGCAGCCCGAAGGGACCGCACCAUUUCUGACUCUGAUUUUACAAGACAAAGCAACUAAUGGAUGUCCUCCCUUUUCAUUGCCAUUCGAAGUUUUUACGGCAAGGGGUCAUCAACUUGAAUCAUGGACAUUUUUUGAUUAA